AUGGGAUUUGACAUGUUUCGCAGCAGCACGGAGGAGGCGACAACAGGCAGCGACACUUCAAAGUCAGGACGAAGUUCGAUGGCGCCGUUGUCGGCGGGUGGUCGGCAAAAUAUGGCUGCUCCUAAUGGGCCCAGUUCAUCAUCCUCACCUUCACCUCCUCCGAGCUCAGAUGGCGCUAUUAUGAGCUCCACCCAUGCGCAGUCAUGUCCCCAAACGUCCUCAGGCAAUUUCAAAUGCUGCUUCAGACUACCCACAGCAGUCUCAUCUGUCCCUCCAUCUACCACCAGCACCUCCUCCCACUGCAGCCUUGGAGGUACACCAAGAAACAGGAGGACCCCAGGUUCUGUAGGGCCCACAGUCUCACACCCCAUACGGACACCGUUGACUGAACACACUGAGACGACUUCUUCCUCAUCAUCUUCAGUUUCUAGUGCUUCAGUUAUUGUGGCUGUGGUAGAUGGAAGUGGAUUGGCUACGGGAGACAUUGGCAUGGCCAGUCUCAAUCUGAGAUGUCCAGAGCUUGUACUCUCACAGUUUGCAGACACUGGGACAUAUGCCAAGGUAAUCACCAAGCUUCACAUCCUUGUUCCACUGGAAAUACUUAUGUCAGACACAGCCAGUGAGAAGGGAAAAGGGACAAAACUGUUCAGUCUUAUCACAAAUAACUUUCAGGGAGUAGCUUUCGUUCCAGUCCAAAGGAAGUACUUUAAUGAAAGAAAAGGACUGGAGUACAUUCAGCAGCUAUGCGCUCCAGAGUUCAGUACUGUCAUAAUGGAAGUACAAACUAAGUACUACUGUUUGUCAGCUGCAGCUGCCUUACUAAAAUACUUAGAGUUUAUCCAGAAUUCCAUAUAUGCUCCCAAGUCACUUAAAGUGAGCUUUAAAGGGAGCGAACAGACUGCCAUGAUUGACUCAGCAUCUGCCACUAACUUGGAGCUGGUAGUCAACAACAGAGAUCAUAGGAGUGGACAUACGCUUUUAGGGGUACUUAACUACACAAAAACACCUGGUGGUAGUAGAAGGCUGCGUGCCAACCUUCUAGAGCCCCUGCUUGAUGUGGAUACCAUCAAUAUACGCUUGGACACCAUACAAGAGCUCCUGCAGAAUGAGGAGCUUUUCUUUGGCUUGAAGAAUGCUAUAGGGCAUUUCCUUGAUAUAGAUCAGCUGCUCUCAGUUCUUGUCCAGAUCCCAAAGCAGGAAACGGUUCAAGUUGCUGAGGCAAAGAUUGCACAUGUCAUUCAGCUGAAGCACACACUGGAUUUGGUGCCACCAUUAAGGAUGGUGUUGGGGAACUGCAGCACUGCUUUGCUAAAGGCAUAUAGCGCCUCACUGGAAGACAACCGAUUUGACGUGAUCCUAGAGCAGAUCAAGACAGUAAUGAAUGAUGACGCCACCUACAUGAAGGGAAGCCUCAACAUGCGCACUCAGAAAUGUUAUGCUGUGCGUCCCAACAUCAAUGAGUUCCUGGACAUUUCCCGGCGGGCUUACACUGAGAUAGUGGAUGAUAUUGCAGGGCUGGUGAACCAGCUGGGGGAGAAAUAUGGCAUGCCGAUGCGUACUAGCUUCAGCAACACUCGAGGGUUCUUUGUACAGAUGAAGCUCGGAGGUAGAACCUUACCUGAUGGGGAACUCCCCUCAGAGUUCAUCAAGGUAACCAAGCAAAAAAACAACUACAGCUUCACUACUGUGGAUGUGAUGAAGAUGAAUGACCGCUGUAAUGAGGCCCUGAGGGAGAUCUUUCACAUGUCCUAUGUGGUGAUAUGCCAACUGCUUUGUACUAUUCAUGAGCACAUCCACUGUCUCUACAAGCUCUCUGAUGCUGUAUCAAUUCUGGACAUGUUGUUGUCUCUGGCCAAUGCAUGCACCAUCUCAGACUAUGUGCGUCCUGAGUUUACAGACACACUGGCCAUCAAGCUGGGCCGUCACCCCAUUCUGGAAUGCAUUACUUUCCAGCAGCCUGUAUCCAACAAUACUUAUAUCUCUGAGGGCAGCAACUUUGUCAUCAUCACUGGUCCCAACAUGAGUGGCAAAUCCACCUACCUUAAACAGGUGGCAUUGUGCCAAAUCAUGGCUCAGAUAGGCUCUUUUGUCCCUGCUGAGUAUGCCUCUUUCCGGAUUGCUGAUCAGAUUUUCACUAGAAUUGGGGUGGAUGAUGAUUUUGAAACCAACUCUUCCACCUUUAUGGUGGAAAUGAAGGAGGUCUCCUAUAUAAUGCAAAAUGUAAGCAACAGGUCUCUUAUCAUCAUAGAUGAAUUGGGGCGUGGUACUAGUGCCGAGGAAGGCAUUGGCAUCUGUCAUUCAGUUUGUGAGUCCCUCCUUAGCCACAAGGCAUUCACUUUGUUUGCCACUCACUUCUUGGAGCUUUGCCAACUUGAAACACUAUAUCCCAAUGUGGAUAACCAGCACAUGGAGGUCCAGCACACACGGAGUGGUGACACUGGUGCAGAAAGUGUGGUCUACACCUACUUACUGUGCCAAGGAUGCUCUGAAGAAAGACACUAUGGUUUUAGAGCAGCAGAGAUGACUGCACUCCCCCCAAGCAUAAUCCAAGAUGCAAAGGCAAUUGCAUCCAGAGUCAGCCAGCAGCUUUUGUCUAAGCAUCACAGUGAUCCAGAAACACAAAGGCAGAAGGUUGUGCAUCACUUGGCCACUCGUCUCGAGCAGACUGCAAGGAACUCUAGACUAGACGCUGACGGCCUGCGCAUAUAUCUGAGUGGACUGAGAAAGCACUACGAGGCAGAACUGCAGGCCAUAGGGCAGUCAGCGUCCAUGGACACAGGAGAGGAAUGA